UCGAAGCUCCUUUUACAUUUUCUCUGUGAACCACUGAACCUUACUCUUGCUGUACCAAAUCACUCUUCAUCCUUCAAACAGUUCUUCAAGCACGCUGAGAGAAGAGGGCGACAGAGGCCAUGGAAGCUGCAAUUUGCGGUCGAGUACCUCUUUCACCCAACCAAUUCUUCACCUCAACCAAGCCAGGGGAUAAAUACUAUUUUCAUAAACAAUGUAGAAACCGGAGUGCCUUAAUGAUGAUAUCAGUUGCUGAGCUUGGAAAAGGCGGGGGGUUGUUGGAAAAACCAGCAAUAGAGAAGACAACUCCGGGCCGUGAAUCUGAGUUUGAUGUUAGGAAAUCAAGGAAAACUUCUCCACCUUAUCGAGUGUUGCUACAUAAUGACAAUUUCAACAAGCGGGAAUACGUUGUUCAAGUUCUGAUGAAGGUGAUUCCUGGAAUGACACUUGACAAUGCAGUCAACAUAAUGCAGGAAGCGCAUUACAAUGGGAUGGCAGUGGUAAUUAUCUGCGCUCAAGUAGACGCAGAAGAUCACUGCAUGCAGCUUAGAGGCAAUGGCCUUCUCAGUUCAAUCGAGCCUGCAAGCGAUGGUUGUUGAAUAAGAAACAUAGAUUGUGUAAUGUACUCUUUUUCCUCCCUUAGUUAUCAGCCAUAUUAAAAUUGCAUGUCCUCAACUGCUACAUUGUUGCAAGUUGCGCCUAUGUACAUAAAUAGAGAUACUUCAUAAACAAACAAUCUUCAAUUGAUGAAUAUAAUUAUCACUCUAGUUAUGAUAUGAGUUGUAUACACAAA